AUGGAUAGUGCAAGAAAAAAUGCAUCUAAAAGGGCUGCUUUAGUUUAAAAAUUAGAUAUGCUUGAUAAGUCAAUUUUACAUAAUAGUUAUCAUCAAGAUCUUUAAAAGACAUAUUUAAAAAAGAGCACUGAAAAGGAAUAAAAAGGAAUAUAAAUAGAAUUAGUUUAAGAACAGGAUGAAUUGAGUAUAGUUUAGAGAAGAGUGAAUUAAUUAAUAAAUUUGAGUAGAUAACUUGAUGAUCAGAUUCAGAAGAAUGAUUUAUUACAAUAAUAAAAAAUAAUGGAGGAUAUGAAUUAAGUUUUGAAUAAUUAACUUGAUCAUUUUAUUAAUCAAUAAGCAGAUAGAAAUUAAAUAUUAAAUAGAUUAUAAAGUGAUUUUAAUGCAAAUCACUAGAGUAUGUAAAUAUUGGAGGGAGAAUAUUUGAUUACAGAAUUCAAAAAAAUAAAUUAGAUGGAUUAAUAAAUUUAUCAAUAAUAAUCUUAAGAAUAUGGAGAUCUGUAUGAAAUAUAAUAUUAAAUGUAAGAAGAAAUGAAAAUAAUAAAUGGAGAACUUGAGAAAUAUUAAAAGUUGAAUUAAACAAAUAAUUUAUAAAAUUAUGUACUUUAAGGUUAAGCUAAAAAUAAAUAGUUUAGUUUGUAAUUGAUUUAGGAAUAAUAUUAUUGUCAAAAAAAAAAAAUUAGAUCAUUUUGUAUAUUUUAUAAUAAAACAAAUGAAUAUGAUUAAACAUAUCAACCAUAUUUUAAAAUAAAGAAUCAAAAAUAACUUACUUUUGAAGGUAAUGAUCAAUUAAAUAAUGAAAAUACUUCUAUUAAUUUAUGGUCAAGUUCAAAAUAAAAAGUUAAAAAGAUUAAUCCAUAUCGUUGUCAAUUUUAUAAAUUUGAUUAAAUAUUUUCAAGAAAAGAGAAUACAAGAUUGAAUUAAUAUGAAUAACUAUUUAAUUAAUUAGAAUUAUUCAUUAAAGGAACACUCUAUAAAUAAAUAGAUUUAAUUUUAAAGAGUUAUGCUUUUAAUAGUCAAGAAUAUCAUUUAAUAUAUAAUUAAGAUUUAAAUGAAAAUGUAGAAAAACUAAGAAAAUUAUGUGAAAAAGAAAAGGCAGAUACUAGUAAUGUAAGAAUUUAUUCUAUUAUAAGAAAUUAAUUGUAUUACUUUGUGAUAAAAAUAGAGGGUUAGUAGUAAAUUUAGUAAGUGAUAUAGUUAAAAUACUUUCUCAUUUUAAUAAUUAAUUGAUUGAAGUGAAUAAUUUAAUAUUAACACUUACAAAAUUUUAGAUAAAAGAUUAAUUUAGUGAAGAUAUUUUAGAAUGUAAUGCUUAAAAUAUAGAAAUGAUGCUUGAUUGUUUAAGAAGUAAAGAAAUAUUUAAAACUGGUCAAUUUCACUUAAAAAUUGAAAUCAAUUUAAAUAAUAAUAUCAAAAGAGUAUUGCACAUUUUGAUGUUAGCUCCACUUUUGAUAGAGAAUAAUGAAUUAUUUUGUAAAUAAUUUAAGAACAUAUUUAAAAGAGAAAAAGCAUUUAAAGAAUAAAUAGGUUCUAGAAUUGAAGGCAUUGUUAAAGUAAAAUAUAUAGUAAUUAUUAGAACAUUGACAAAAUUAUUAUAAUAACAUAAAUACCAGAAAUGAUUCGUUCUAAAGAUAAUUCAGUAAAAAAGAUUUCUAUAGUAUAAAAUAUAAUCAAUUUUUAAUCAUUGCUAGUACUUAAACAAGAAAAUUGA